GAAUUUCACACCAAAAAAUAUCAAUCUCAAAAAUCUACCACGAUGAGAAACGUUCCUACUAUCUGCUGGUCAAAGGUGCCACCUCAAACUCAUCGCCGUUUCGGAGAUUUGCCACUUGAAAUCAUAUACAAUGUGAUGGAGUUACUUGGCCCGGAGGGCUCAAUCUGUCUUGGCUUAUCUUGUCCUGAGCUUCACGCUGCAUAUAAGGGCUUAUAUUCAUCAAAGAUAUCUCUACGAAGCCUGGUCGAUACAACCCUUCCUUUUCGGUUGUACCCAGUCACUGAGGUCGACAUGUCUGAAUUGUACCCACCGGUAGAAUUGUACAAGCUAAUCGAAGGCUGGAAGGGGAUGAAAGAUCGAUAUUUCUUCUGGGAGAAUGAUCUAUGUUGGAAGAGUGAAAGCGCAAUGUUUCCUACGAGUAACACACCAGUAUUAAAUGGACCUUCGACAGGUGUACCAGAUCGGUUCCUCCUCGCGUCCUUGUACGCAAACAAUAUCCAAGAUAUGAAGAUCUUACAAGAAAGAUAUCAGUAUUAUAAAUAUACACGUGGUGAUUGUACGUCAGAAGAUCUAGACGAGGACGAUCCAGUUCAUUCGGGUCCAAAGGGAGCAACUUUACUCCUCCAAGCGAGUCGAAUCCCCUCUCCCUUCAACAUGGGGAUUGAAUGGGACAGAAAAUCCAAGCAAAUAAUAAUGGAGAGCAUCAAUUUGGCACCAUGCACACUCUAUUGGCAAUUAUACUGGAAAUCUACCAAUAUAUGGCAACGGAAUGCUUUGUAUUUUGGCAAGAAAUGGAAUUCCGCUGAGGCUGUGGAAGAAGCUCUGAGCCACUACUCUGAGUGGAUAGAAAUGACGGGAUGUUGAAGAGAAGCGAGACGCAUACAGGGGCAAUGAGCGUGGCUCUGGGA